CUUCACCUCUCCGCAUUCGCAUGUCGACUCCAGAGUCCAACUGCUCAGGCUUUGUUCACCGCGUUCCAAGCGUCUUGCCACUUGAAACGGAUCCGCCUGUGUGUGCAAGGACGACCGGUACAUGGUGAAGUUGUGGCAGCCAGGUACUAGGGGUGAAGAAGGGCAUGUCCGCCAUAUGUGGUCGGUAGCACGUUGGAUUACCACUCCUUGAUUCGCAAGAGAAUCUGCCACACCACACGCUUGGGCUAUUGGUUAUCUGAUCGACUAUCCGCCACUUGCGCCCUACCCAACACUCCUCCCACCCUCUCUCAAACUCGUCAUGCCAUCCUUCUCAGGUCCGACUGCUGCCAUAAGUCGAAGUUCGCCUUCCCUAUACUCCUCCUCAGGGCCGUUCGGAAGAGAACCGUCACGCGAGGAUCUAGAGACCGCCGGGGUUCUGGAGCUCCUCAAUCGACCACACGAUACCACUCUUGCGCAAUUCAGACAUCCAAGAGAACAAUCGCUGGAGAGAAACCAACCCGCGCCGAUGACUUCUUCAACGAGCCCGUAUAGCCCGGCACCGUCCGCGGGACAUUCUCCCAGCUCCACAACCCUACUCGAUCCGCAAAACUAUCCUCUACAGGGCAAUCUACCCCCAGCAGCCCCCGUAUCUGGACAGACCUGCAGCAACUGCGGAACGAAUCGCACGCCACUGUGGCGAAGAUCACCCACCGGCGAGACCAUAUGCAACGCAUGCGGCCUUUAUCUCAAAGCGCGAAACCAGUCUCGACCGACGAAUCUAAGGAAAGGCGCACAGCAGACGGCCUUGUCCCCGCAGCCCACCGAAGGCGGACAGGCGUCCCCUCCAGCGCCGACAGCGUACGCUGGAAGCGAUGGAUCGACCUACGUUGCGGCCGACUCGAUCACAUCAGGAACUUGUCCGGGGGGAGGGCGCUGCAACGGAACUGGAGGCCAGCGUGCCUGCAACGGAUGUCCGGCUUUCAACAAUCGUGUCUCGAAGACGACACAGGUCUCCAUUGUGCAGGGCAACAGUCCAAAGCCAUCCACGGACGCGGGCACGACUGCACAGCAGACCCCUCGAGCCGAACUCAUGCCUGCAUGCCAGAACUGUGGGACGUCAGUCACUCCCCUGUGGCGCCGAGAUGAAAGUGGAAACACUAUCUGCAAUGCCUGCGGCUUAUACUACAAGCUGCAUGGCCGACACCGCCCGUCCGCAAUGAAAAAGCAAGAAAUCAAACGACGAAAACGCGUCAUUGCCCUUCCAGGACAAGCUACGUCCCAUCAAUACCCCUCAUCGAGCCCCAAGUCCUCCGUCUCCCCCGACCCGCAACGAUAUCCGGAAACCCACCACGCACCACCUUCAAUCGCUCGAUCGGAUGCCUACGGCGCCGGCUCCCCAAGCGAGUCUCAUCCGAGCCCCCCAGAUUCGGUCCUCGAUGGUGCCGAGGAACCUUAUGCUCACCCUUAUGCGCCACCUCCGGCCGACUUCACGAACUAUCGCCCGACACCGAGCAUCGUCCUACCGUCCCGACAUAGCGGUGGUCGCUCCCCGUCUCGUGACAGUCGACGCGCCGAAACCGUACCGCAGAAGCGCCGGAUCUCCGAGAUCGAGGGCGCAACUUCCGGGCGAGCCGCCGAGUCGCGUCCUUCGAAUAACUCGAUUGCCAGUUUGUUGAACGCGGAACAUCCUUCGAGCAUGGACACCGCCAUCGAUCCGGCGUUGUCGACACACCCUGGUGGGGCCGGGUACAGUGAGCGGACGGCGACCGCCGCUCGCGUGCAGGAGUUGGAAUGGAAGCGAGAGCAAAUUCGGCGGGAAUUGGCGGCGGUAGAUCGGGAGAUUCAGGAGAUGGGACGGACCGGUGCGUCCUAAUGGGACGGUCAUGGAGGGCGUUUGACUUUCGAAACCAAGGGAACCGAUUAUGCAUUACGAAUCAUGCAUACACGAUCCUCGAUUAAUGUGGACCAUCGCGAUUGAGCGCCGGUGUUGGCUGGCGUCCAGUCGAUUUCGAAUUCAUAUUGGCUUAAUGGCGCAUAGAAAUAGAUGGUCUACACUCUGGGUAAACACCGUCACUGCCGGAUAUACACAGGGCGCGCGAAGGUCAUGGGUGGAAAUUUUCAUCCAAGCAAAGCGUUAUCAGUCAUUUCAAUAUCUAUUCAUUGUUUUAGUUAUGGGUAUCAUGACCAGGAACGCGCCGCUCAUACCGCGAUCUGGAGUUUUAAUGGAAGGUUUCAGAACCAAAUCUUUAUUAGUUCUUCGCUCACAGCGCUUGGUGUC